AUGACCGAUAUCCUUCCCAUUAUUGAUCUUGGCCUUUAUUUACGUGGUAAAAAUGAUCCGUUGGCGGUCGAAGAAUGUAAAAAAGCCGCCAAUGCCUUAGUGGACUAUGGUGCUCUCUUAUUGAAGGACCCACGAGUAACAGAAGAAGAUAAUUCUCAAUUUCUGAAUUUGAUGGAAGAUUAUUUUGCUCAACCAUAUGAAAAAAAACUCAAAGAUGCACGUCCGGACCUUUCUUACCAAGUGGGUGUGACUCCCGGAUUUACGGAAGAGCCAAUAUGUAAUCGCGACCCUAAAUGUCUGGACAUGAUUGCCAAAAUGCCUGAAGGUAGUCGACCGCUUCCUAUAACUGGACCCGAUGUAAAAUGGAGAUUUUUCUGGCGUAUUGGAGAUAGACCGAAGGAAACUGAAUUUCCUCAACUUAAUAGUGAACCAAUCAUCCCAGAAAUGUUUAAAGAUACCUGGUUCACCGUUAUGAAUAAAUGGGGUAAUCAGAUGCAUCGGGCUGUUUUGGAUGUUACUGAAAUGGUUUCGGUUGGAUUUGGAUUACCCGCUAAUAAAUUACCGGAUCUCACGAAAAAUGGACCGCACCUUUUGGCCCCUACUGGAAGUGAUUUGAACGAAUAUGGAAAACUUAAUACUGUUCUCGCGGGUUUUCAUUAUGAUCUAAAUUUCUUGACGAUCCACGGUAAAAGUCGAUUUCCUGGGUUACAUAUUUGGCCGCGUAAUGGGUCGACCAAGAUGCAAGUUCGAGUUCCUGACGGAUGCUUAUUAGUGCAAGCUGGUAAACAGUUGGAGUGGUUGACGGGUGGUAAAGUGAAGGCUGGUUAUCAUGAGGUGGUGGUAACAGAAUCGACGCUUAAAGCUAUUGAGAAUGCAAAGAGGUCAGAACCAAAGAGGCCUUUAUGGAGGAUAUCAUCAACGUUCUUUUUACAUAUUGCAAGUGAUAACUUAUUGCAGCCAUUAGAACCAUUUGAACAUAAUCUUGCGCUUUAUCCGCCAACUCUCACCGGCAAACAGGUACAGAAUGAACUGAGGUUACUUAGUUUAGGGGAAUAA